GUUUAUUCAAGAUAAACAAGGGACUUAUCGAUCUCUGACAGACAGCAUAAUUUAUCGAAAAAUUGUUGCCAUGAAAAGGGUGGUUAAACAACUGACAGAUGGAUUCAGUGUUUUAUCAUAGUCACGGGUAACUGUAGUCGUAUAUGACUCGCAAGGAUGGGAGUGUCUUCCAAACUAAAUGAGGUAUGGGUGACCUUAAAUCGUAAGAAAACGGUCACUGAAGAUUUCCACGAGACCCCACUAAAACGAUGUCUCAGCACUCUCGACCUCACCCUCCUUGGAAUAGGACACAUGAUAGGGGCAGGGAUCUAUGUACUAACAGGAACUGUGGUCAAAGACCUUGCGGGACCCGCCGCUAUACUCUCCUAUGUGUUCGCGGCGUGUGCUGCUAUUUUAGCCGCCUUGUGUUAUGCCGAGUUUGGGGCUAGAGUACCAAAAGCUGGAUCCGCCUAUUCGUACACUUACGUGACGCUAGGAGAAGUAUGGGGAUUUAUUAUCGGUUGGAAUAUUUUACUUGAACAUCUUCUUGGCGCUUCUUCCGUUGCUAGGGCAUGGAGUGGUGGCUUGGACUCAAUAUUCAAUGGUGCAAUAAAAAAUUCUACUCUAAAGCAUAUAGGAUAUUUAAGUCAUGAUAACGUGUGGUUGUCGGAUUAUCCAGACUUUGUGGCGUUUGCGGCAACAGUCGUAGUUUUUCUUGUGGUGGCAACAGGCGCCAAAUUUGCCAUGAACUUUAACAAUAUAUUCACAAUAAUCAAUUUAAUAGUCAUAGUGAUAAUUAUUUCAAUGGGGUUCUAUUACGCCGAUCUGAAGAAUUGGACGGAGCAUGGCGGAUUUUUCCCACACGGAUUCGGUGGCGCAUGGGCAGGAGCAGCCACAUGCUUCUACGCCUACAUCGGAUUUGAAGGCGUUGCAACCGCUGGUGAAGAAGCCAAAAACCCCGAGAAAUCCAUUCCCAUAGCAACUAUUUUGUCUUUGGGCACAGUCACUGUUUUAUACGUACUAGUGACGUGUGUUUUAACCUUGAUGGUCCCUUAUACAGACGUAGAUCCAAAUGCAGCCUUCCCAUUUGCGUUCGCAGCACAAGGUGCACAAUGGGCAAAAUAUGUCGUUGCCUUGGGCACAUUAUUUGGAAUCACCACCUCUCUACUAGGCGGCGCUUUCUCUCUACCAAGAGCCGUCUAUUCCAUGGCAGCAGAUGGCUUGCUCUUCCAGGUCUUUGCCUACGUUCAUCCAAAAACCCAAACCCCGAUCUGGGGAAUCUUCUGCUUUGGUUUGCUUUCAGCUCUGAUGGCUCUUCUGUUUGAAAUAGAAACUCUGGUAGAGUUCAUGUCCAUCGGAACUAUCUUAGCGUAUACCAUUGUCGCCGUUUCUGUUAUCAUCUUAAGAUACGCACCGGUUCACAAAUGUCAAUUCAAACUUAAACCCCAAGAAGAAACAACGGAUGACAACACCAGCGUCAGUGAAGAAAGCGCAAUCAUGAAGAAAUCCAAAAGUCAUGACGAUUUUGGCAAACUGAAGGAUCAUUUAAGACAUUUACCAAUAUUAAAAUCAUUUGAUCCUGGAAAUGCAACUAUUUUAGCAAUCUUACUGAUGGUGGUGGCAAUAAUUUGUUUUUGUGCCGUUCUGGUGCCCGGAUAUCAAUAUUUGGCAGAUGGUGCUUGGUGGGCAAUCAUUCUGGAGAUCAUUUUUGGUGCAAUAAUCGUCUUGUGUUUUCUGAUAUUGAUCGCUCAUGAAAAGAAUGACGCCUUCCUAACUUUUCAGAUUCCAUUUGUACCAUUAAUCCCCUGUCUCAGCAUUUUUUGCAACAUCACUCUAAUGAUGAAGCUAAACUAUUUAACGUGGAUACGACUGGCAAUAUGGCUGGUAAUAGGUUUGCUGGUGUACUUUCUAUAUGGUGUGUGGCAUAGCCGGGAGCGAGAGACGCCCCAGUACGGAGAAAUCGUGGGAUACACGGGGGACGCCAGUAUUUCAUGUAGCACCAUCAGCAAAAUGGAGGAGGAAAUUGUACAACAACAGCCCAAACGCGCCGAAGGCGAGGAAGUUCAUAUAGGCGUCGGUGAAUUAUGAUAACCUAAUAUGUUCUAAUGUUUUAUAUAACCAAAUAGCCGUGAGAAUUAAGUACUGUAACAGGGUACGUGGCGAUCGAGUAGGUUCAGAAUUGGCAUCGAGGAAUCAUUCAGUUUUUUUUUCCUCGGCUGCUGAAGAAAAACAUCCAAACACAACUGCAGGCUGCUGUGUGAACAAAAUUGCAAAGUUUCUCAUAUUACUCUGAUAAUAAGGAUAUAUGAAACUUUUGCUUGGUUUUCGAUCGGGAGUUUUCACUUUUUAGCCCAAAAACAAUUACAGAAAAUGUCACUGCUGUUUGAAAAAAAUUACAAAAUUUCUCGUAUUACUCUGAUAAUUAGGAUAUAUGAAACUUUUGCUUGGUUUCCGUUUUGGAAUUUUCUCUUUUUCAGUCCACAAUAAUUUACAUGUAAUUUAUUUUUGUGCAAUAGAUAGGACAAGAGUUUUAUUACAUUAUAAAGCGAAUUGGAGAGUUGUACUUUAAAUGCAGGGGGAAACCUCAUGCAGUAAUAAAUAUUCUUUAUGAGGGACCAGUGAGUGUGAAUAUGAAAAAUGUGUCUUGAAGACUUUUUCUUUUUAAUUUCUACAGGCGAAUAAAUGUUUUUUUUAGUCUGUUCCUCAAAUCAAAUAUUUUAAAAGAAGUAAAUGGUAAACCACUAUUAUAAGCUUGUGUUACAACCUUGGUAUGAAAAAAAAAAUUAAUAAUGAAAGACAUGGAAAUUGUAAGAAAUAUAUAAAUCUUAUAUAGAUAUUGCGUACAUACGCUUUCUAUAGUAUUCACAAUAGAAUCAGAUCGGUUACACAUGUUCGUGGGUUCUUUUAGGGUAGAUGUCUCUAGACAUUUAGUAUAUAGAGGGUAGAACUUAACGUAUCUAGACUGUAAAUGUAGAAUGUCUUUGUCUUAAUAUCUAUCUAUGCGUUCAAGAAUUAAUGUACGACUAUUCCAUAUUUAUAUCAUAUUCGCCAAAACUACAAAGUGUUUGUUGUUAUCUGGUAUUUCAGAGAUAUAUGUAUAUCACUGUUGUCUUCAUUAAAAGAAAUGACGUUUG